AUGUCCGGCUACGAUCCCCCGUACAACAACUACCACGCGCCCCCGCCUGGCGCUCAGCCUCGUCGCACCCCGGACCCGCUCGCCCACCCUCCCGCGCAGCACCAGCCCGCCCAGGACCCGUUCCAGCACCCGCAAGACUACUCGCAGCAGCACCCUCACCAACCCUACCCUGCCCCGUACCCUCCCCAGGCCGACCCGUACCCGCCCUACUCGGCUCCGCCCUCCGACCCGUUCGCGACCCCGUCCUACCACCCGAACGAGCCCCAGUGGACCCAGCACGCCCAGUACCAGCCUCAGCAGGACCUCGGCGACGCCUACCCGCCGUACCACCCGCCCGGCGCCCACGACCCGCCGCACGACCCUUCUCCCGCCGCCGCCGCCGCCGCCGCCAACCACCAGUACCCCGACGAGACCGACUCGGCGCCGCUCCUCCACGGCCAGCAGGGCUACCACUCGCAUCACGGUCACGGCCGCUGGAGCACGACGGGCCACGCCCCCGGCCAGGCCGACCCGACCUUGAUCCUCCCCGGCGGCUUCGACGCGAGCGCCGGCGCCAACCCGGGCGGGCCCGCCGACGCCGGCUACGGCCUCGGCGCGUACCCGCCGUACGGCGCAGGUGGGCCCGGCGUCGACGACGACGACGUGCACAGCGUCGUGCGUUACGGCCGCAUCCCGCAGCGCCAGCCGAGGCGGUACAAGACGGUCAAGCGCGUCCAGCUCACGCAGGGCAACCUCGUCCUCGACUGCCAGGUGCCGCCAAAGCUCCUCGAGCGGUGCCCGCGCAAGGACUCGCGCGAGUUCACCCACAUGCGCUACACGGCCGCCACCUGCGACCCCGACGACUUUCUCGACGAGAAGUACGCCCUGCGCCAGAUCCUGUACGAGACGCCGAGGCGCACCGAGCUGUUCAUCGUUUUGACCAUGUACAACGAGGACGAGAAGCUGUUCUGCCGCACGAUGCACGGCGUCAUGAAGAACAUCCAGCACCUGUGCUCGAGGAAGAAGAGCCGGACGUGGGGCGAGAACGGGUGGCAGAAGGUCGUCGUCUGCAUCGUCUCGGACGGGCGCGCCAAGAUCAACGCGCGCACGCUCUCGGUCCUCGCCGCCAUGGGCGUCUACCAGGACGGCGUCGCCAAGAACGAGGUCGCCGGCAAGCCCGUCACGGCCCACAUCUACGAGUACACGACGCAGCUGUCGAUCGACCCCAACAUGAAGGUCAAGUCGGCCGAGCGCGGCCUCGUCCCCGUCCAGAUCGUCUUCUGCCUCAAGGAGAAGAACGCCAAGAAGAUCAACUCGCACCGGUGGUUCUUCAACGCGUUCGGCCCGAUCCUGUCGCCCAACAUCUGCAUGCUCAUCGACGUCGGGACCCAGCCUCGCGACACGAGCCUGUACAAGCUGUGGAAGAGCUUCGACCUCAACUCGAACGUCGGCGGCGCGUGCGGCGAGAUCGUCGCGCUCAAGGGCAAGUACCACUUCGUCAACCUCCUCAACCCGAUCGUCGCCGCGCAGAACUUCGAGUACAAGAUGUCGAACAUCCUCGACAAGCCGCUCGAGUCGAUCUUUGGCUACAUCACGGUCCUGCCCGGCGCCUUCUCUGCCUACCGGUACAUCGCGCUGCAGAACAACGCGCAGGGCGAGGGCCCGCUCAAGGAGUACUUCAAGGGCGAGACGCUCCACCACUCGGUCGACGCCGAUCUCUGGACCAAGAACAUGUACCUCGCCGAGGACCGCAUCUUGUGCUGGGAGCUCGUCUCGAAGCGUGGCUCGGCGUGGAUCCUGCACUAUCAACGCAGCGCUUCGGCCGAGACUGACGUCCCCGACACGCUCCACGACCUCAUCGCGCAGCGCCGUCGAUGGCUCAACGGCUCGUUCUUCGCCGGCCUGCACGCGACGUACCACUUUGGCUUCCUGUACCGGAGCGACCACUCGUUCAUCCGCAAGCUGUGGCUCCACAUCGAGCUGCUCUACCAGGCCUUCAACACGAUCUUUGCCUGGUUCGCCCUCGGUAACUGGUACAUCAUCAUGUUCAUCCUGACGACCGCGAUGGAGGACUCGAGCUUCGGGCUCAACGGCAUUAAGUACUUCAACAUCUGCGUCCAGUACUACUACGUCGCCCUGCUCCUCUGCUGCUUCAUCCUCGCUCUCGGCAAUCGUCCGCAAGGCGCCAAGGGCUUCUACCUCGUCAUCGCCAUCUCGUUCGCGCUCAUCAUGGUCUACAUGCUCAUUGCGGCCGGCGUCAUCACGUACUACGGCGUCAAGAACGCCAAGGACGCGAUCGAGGCCGAGGGCGGCAAGUUCACGGCGAGCGACAUCUUCACCAACGCGACGUUCCGAAACAUUGUCAUCUCGCUCCUCUCGACCUAUGCCCUCUACCUCAUCUCGUCGCUCAUCUUCUUCGACCCGGCGCACAUGUUCACCUCGUUCGCCCAGUACAUGCUCCUCUCGCCGGCGUUCACCAACAUCAUCAACGUCUACGCCUUCUGCAACAUCCAGGACGUGUCUUGGGGCAACCGACCCGAGGAGAAGCCCUCGAACGACCUCGGCUCUGCGCCCGUCAAGGGCGACUCGGCCGACGUCGUCGUCCCGACCGACGAGAAGGACAUCAACGCGGCGUACGACGACGCGCUGCACGUCCUCGCGACGCCGCCGCCCAAGGAGGUCGCCAAGAUCAACCUCGAGGAGAAGAUGACCGACUCGUACCGCGCCAUUCGCACCAACGUCCUCCUCGCCUGGGUCCUCUCGAACGGCGCUCUCGUCGCCGCCAUCCUCUCGACAAGUGCAGGCACCGCAUCGGCGCAGAACGUCUACAUGGCCUUCCUCCUGUACUCGGUCGCCGUCCUCGCCGCCGUUCGCUUCCUCGGCUGCACGGCCUACAGCGUCAUGUGGCUCUUCCAGACCCUCUCCUCCUCGCGUCCCCAUUUGUAGAUGUCGCCCGUACCGCAGCGCCUAUCCUCCCUC